CUCUUGUCCUUGCAGCUAUCUCAUAGCUUCCCCAUCGUGCUGCUGAUACCAUCCAUCAGACGCCUUCGACGGGAAACAUGGCUGAACAACAGCACUCUGAAUACCCACUCCUUGUCAUGCUGGACGAGACUAUCGGACAACUCAAGCAGUAUGUUACCGAUGAGCGGUUACUAAAGCCAGUUGUCGGUAUUGUGUGCGGAUCAGGACUCAGCACACUGGCGAAGGAGUUUAAAGAACCCGUUGUACACGUCCCUUACUCGAAGUUAAAAGGAUUCGGCGAAAGCUCAAUCGUUGGGCAUUCGAGCGCCCUCGCGUUCGGGAUGGUUGGAGAGCAGAACAUCCCUGUGGUGGCCAUGCUUGGACGAUUCCAUCUAUAUGAGGGCCACCACUCUGAUGUUGUGGGCUACCCCAUUCGAGUAAUGUCCAAGCUUGGAGUCAAGAACAUUAUCAUCACUAAUGCGGCUGGCUCGCUCAACCCGCAAAUCCCAGUGGGAAAGGUUGUGGUUGUUCGUGACCACCUUGGCAUGCCGAACCUCACUGGGUUGAACCCAUCAUUCGGCCCAGUCCGAUCGCCAGAAUACCCUCGCUUCCUCCCUUUAUCCGAUGCCUACUCUCCAGCCCUUCGCCGCCUCGCGUUCCUAGCAGCGCACCAGCUUCCGAAGCUGGGGAUGGACGCGUUGGUCGAGGGCACGUAUUCCUGGGUUGCAGGACCAGCGUAUGAGACACCCGCCGAAGGCCGCUUGCUUAGAUCGGCGGGCGGAGACGUCGUGGGCAUGAGCACGGUUCCGGAUGUUAUCGCUGCUCGGGAGGAGAAGAUGAACGUGCUCGUGCUCAGCUUGGUGACCAACAUGGUCGUCAUACCCGAGAAGUACAGAGAUAUCCGUGCUGAAGUAGAAGCGGAGCUUGCUGGACGCUCGGUGAAGGUGGAGACGGUUGGGGCUGCGUCUCAUGAGGAGGUGCUCGCCGUCGGCGGGCAGAAAGCCGAGGAUAUGCGAGGUCUUGUGGAGAGGAUUAUUGAGCUCAUCGCUCAGCAGUCCUCGUGAACUGUUGGCAAUUCAGUUCUGCGCGUCUGUGUGACCAGAAGUCUUCUCAACGGAGCUUGAGGAUCUCGAUACUUCCAUGUAUUAUAGCGCCGCAAAGUGGUGUCCUUGGUGUAUAAAUACAAGUUUGGGUGGUGAAGUUCGACCAUUUGCCCUUCC